AUGAAGCAUCUCAAGAUAAUCGUUUUUAUGUUUAAUUUAAUAAUCUGGUUGAGUGGGUUUAUGGUGAUUGUUAUUGGCACUUGGUUGAUAUUAGAGCCGAGCAGUGGUCAUUUGUUAAACCUCUUCGCCAAGAGCAUAACACCCCAUGACACGGUGCAAAUAUUAUCCUACGUACUACUGGGUCACGGGUUUAUUGUAUUGACGGUGGGAUUUAUCGGGUGCCGCGCGUCUUUGCAUGGAAGUCAGUGCAUUUUGGGUGUUUAUGUUGCAAUGCUUGUUGGAUUAAUAGUUUGCGAAUUAGCAACUGCGGCCGUCGGUGGUUUUCUGUCCUACCGUGCAGUUACUGGCUUGGAAAAUAGAUUAUUAGAUCGAUUAGCAGAUCACUACGGCCACGAUCGGACAAGUGAUAUCGCAUUUAGUCAAAGUCUUGAUUUUGCACAGUACAAGUUUAAUUGCUGCGGUAUUUACGGUGACGGUGAUUACAAUGGAACUGCUUGGUGGAGAGAUGGUAGGAUAUCCGGACUUAAAAGGCAGGUUCCUCUUACUUGUUGCAUACUUAAAAACCACGAGGCUAAAAAUACCGGAAGUCCGAUGAGUGUCGUUGCAAGAGUCUUCCACAAAGACAAUGAGCCAUGGUUACAUCCGCAACCAAAAGAUGAAACAGCUUGCCAAGCAACAGAUCCGGAAACGAACGAAGGUUUUAGGAAUAAAAUAGGUUGCCUUGAAAGAGCGACAAAUUGGCUUCGUAAUGAGAGUUUAAAGCUUGUUUUUCUCGGCAUGGGCAUGGCAGGUAUUCAGACUCUGGGGAUAAUAACAGCAACGAUAUUGUGUCAGACAUUUCGCAAUCGCGAUCCAGAGAAUUGA